GAAACCGGAACAAACAAUGACAGUAUAUUAGAAGAGGACAUGCAGCAGGUCUUGUUAUUGUAGCACUUUGUUAAUUAGUCAAAGUGUGAUAGGGAUAUUAAUAAUUAAAUCACUCAACGAGUGGACCUUGACGACUGCAGCGAGGACAGGGAUAGUAUCCGAAGAUGCUAAAACAACAUUAGCAAAACAACAGCUGUAAAUAUUUUCUUUUCAAAUAUUUCUUACAUUUCACUUCAGCAAACCCUAGUGGAUUUAGGUUUAUAGAAUUGUGCUUCAGGAGUUAUGAAGAACUGCCGUCCGUCCAUGCUGAGCAGGUGGAGCAGCAGCAGCAGCAGCAACAACAAUAAUGUAAGCGAGGCUCACGGGCUCCUGUACCCGCUGCUGUUGCUGUAUCUCUGUGCUUCGGUGGUGUCGUACAAGCCGGUGGUUAUUGUGCACGGUUUAUUCGACAGCUCGGGGGAUUUUAGAAACUUACUGCGGUUCAUCAACGAGUCUCAUCCUGGGACAAAUGUGACGGUCAUCGACUUGUUCGACAAAAGUGCCAGUCUGCAGCCCAUGUGGAAGCAGGUGGAGGGCUUCAAGUCAGCCAUUUACCCAGUACUACGAAAUGCAGCACAGGGUGUUCACUUCAUAUGCUACUCCCAAGGCGGACUGGUUUGUAGAGGAAUCCUCUCCACGCUUCCUGACCACAAUGUCCAAACCUUCAUCUCCUUGUCCUCACCUCAGGCAGGACAAUAUGGAGACACCGACUAUUUGAAGUACCUCUUCCCUCACUUCUUCAAGUCCAACCUCUACCAUAUUUGCUACACUGCUUUUGGUCAGAUGAUCUCCAUUUGCAACUACUGGAAUGACCCUCACCACAGAGACAGAUAUGUGAACAGCAGUGAGUACUUGGCUCUGCUCAACAGUGAGAGGCCCAAUCCAAAUUCAACAGAGUGGAAGAAAAACUUUUUGAAGAUUAAGAAGUUGGUUCUGGUGGGUGGUCCAGACGACGGAGUCAUCACUCCCUGGCAGUCCAGUCAGUUUGGUUUUUAUGAUGACAAUGAAACUGUUGUGGAGAUCCAGCACCAGGAGGUUUAUUUAAAGGAUGCUUUUGGCCUGAAAACCCUCUCAGCUCGUGGAGAUCUGAUCCUCUGCUCCAUUCCUGGUGUGGAACACAUCAUGUGGCACUCCAACGAGACGGUGUUCCACACCUGUCUGGAGAAGUGGCUGGACUAGUUCAACACACACAGUGUUAGUUCACUCUUAAUUCGUAAUGUGUAGAUGAAGGACAGGUGAUGUACCAGUUAAUUUUUAACACUUGGGAAACGGUGGAAAAGAUUGAGAUCUUUGUAGAUUUAAAUGAAAUAUUCCAGAUUAAAUGCCACUCUUGUCACCAACACACGUGAAACUAACACCAGCUAAAAAAAGACCAGGGCAAUUAUUCACCAACCAUGUUUGGUCCAACUGAAACUCAAGAACAGUGUUUUUAUUCACGAUCCUUCAAGUACUAAAGUACAAAACAAGAUCAGUAUUCUACUUAAGUGAGUAUUCAGAGCUAUACAAGUUGGGAAUUCCUCACUAUUUUAUAUACUUUUCAGGUUGAGAUGCAUUUAUAAGCUAAACUGUAAACCUUGAGUGGCCAAGAAUAAAUGAUCUCAGCAAGUUUGAUUAAAUAUCAGUAUAAAAAAUACAUUUGUAAAAAAAAAAACAAUUCAUAAGACGCUGACUUUGGUCUGAUGUAUUGAGGAGAGGUUGAUCCAGGCUCCUGAGAAAACGUUUGGAUUCAGGAUUUACACACAAGACACAGAAACAACAGGGAAAAAUAUUUUCUGAAAGGGAGAAAAUGAGCUCACAUUCCCAAAUGGCAAACUUUUCCACGGAACAGUGUCUGUUUCACUGUGUUGCUGCUUCUGCAGCGAAGCACAAUAUCAUUCAUUUUUAAUAGCUACAGAUGAAUUUGGUUCAGAUUUCAGUUUAAGGUAAAAAAACAACAAUCGUUGAUUGUUGUUCUUUUCACCUUUGACAUACGACGCAAUGAAUGUCUUCCAGAAGAGAUUAUCUGAAAAGGGGCAGCCUAAAUAUUUCAGUUAUCAAACACAAACACCUCAUCUAAACAACAUACUCCGGCUCCGGUUGUUGUCAGCACAGACUGUUGGACUUUGAGGUUCUAUCAACAGAUAGGAAGGGGAAAAUGUUUUCUUAGAAUCAGACUGUUAGACUGUUGUUUUUGCAAUACUCAAAAUGUUAAUUGUCAAAGUGCUACGUAACAUGAACCAGAGCCUUAGAAAACCCCACUGUGUUUGCCACAAUCAGUCUUUUACAUGGUUUUUGUCCAGAUUUUGUUGGUUUCCAGUUGGAUCUACAAAUAUUGAGUUCUGACAGUGAAAUGUGAGAUUCAAUUUUUUUUCUUAGUCUGAAAAUGGUCUGGUUGGGUAAGAGCCCCACCAUUUCUGAAUUGAAUAAGAACCUAAAGGCAUCAUUUGACUACAAACUGGUUUGUGUUACAUUGUACUAGUAAGGAUAUUUCAAGUCAAUAACUAUUAUGGUCUUCUCUUAGAUGUUCUUCAGUUCUUUUUUUUCCCACUUGACAGUUUACCUCAGAACCACUACCACAACUCAGAGAGUGCCUGAUCAUCACAAUGUACAGACUCACUGCCCUGCUAUCGUAAAAAAAGAAAUUCCAUUUAUCCUGCAUGUCCACCCAGUCAUAUUUUGUUGUGUUAUCCUAACUACUCAGUGCUUUGGAUGUGUACUUAGGUUGGCAGAGCGUUAAUAUUUCCCCUGAUACCUCGGCCUUUUUUGUCCUUUACCAAAAGUGCUACAAAUUGCUGCCUUCAGCCACGGUGCUAAUGAUGGUGAUGGAGGUCCUGGAGCGUUAACGCCCGGCUGUUGUUGAGUGUUCACUCUAAACCAUUGGUACUUAAACUGUCAGGCUAUUGGACUCGUAGUUUCUUUUCUUUUACUUUCCUUUCCAAUGGUUUCAACUUGUUUUUUUCCAUACAAAUUUGUAUUUUCUCAUAUUGUGCUAUGUCAAAAGAGUUUUAUAUGAUAGUAUUUUACCUACAAAAACGUCAUAGUUUAGACAAGAUAACAAGACAAAGAAUAGGUAGACAAUGUCAUGUAUUAAAAAUCCUGGUCCGUGUUCUGAUUUCAGAAUAAGUAUUUACAGUAUAGUUCCUUAAACCUACCUUUGGGUUGUGACCUACAAUUUGAGAAUGACUGUUUUGUACUGUACGGUGUUUGUGGCUCUCCGUACCUCCCAUUACAUUUAGAAAUCUCAGGCAUUUUAGCAACCCCAAAUGUUUGUCUAUGUAAAUAGUUAAAGGCAUUAAUGUCUCCUAAUGGUUGAAUUCCAGGUGUCUCUCACAGGGGAAGAAAGAAAAUAUGUAUUGUUUCAUUUCUUAAAAGGAUUAAAGGGAAGUAUGAGUAUUUUGCACAUGUGAGACACACGGUGGGACAGCUGGGACGAUUCACAAGUAUUAUAUUAAUUCUGUUUGCUACAUUGAGUGUUUGCUCAUGUUAAUUUAACUGCUUAAAUUAUUGUUGUUAAAGGGAUGUUCUUACAGAUCAGUGAUAACACAGGUGGAAAAUGCAGACCAGACUACUUUUUUAAAAAUAAACAAAUGUAUAUUUUGACACCAUCCAACAGUUUGUACAGUGUUUGGUCUGAAAAAAUGAAAUGUGUCAAAUGUUGUAAGUUCCUACAAUAAAGUAGUGUUUUUAACUUUUAA